AAGUACGUUCCCUCUGAAUUUUCCAGACGCAGUAGAGAUCUGGACGAAAUAAGCAACUGGAAGUCCACAGAAUAUCGUCAAUUUUUGUUGUAUUCGGGUAUAAUUGUGUUAAAAGAUUGCAUACCGGACGAUUUGUAUUAUCAUUUUCUUUUGCUACAUUCCGGUAUUCGUCUUCUAAGUUGCGAAAAAUCUUGUAGAGUAGAAUCCGCUGUUGCCAAUGAAUUGUUAAAGGAAUUUGUUAAGUUAUUUGGUAAUUUUUAUGGACAACAUUUGGUUAGUUUCAAUAUUCAUGGUCUUUUGCAUUUAACUGAUUGCGUUAAAAAAUUCGGGCAUCUAGAUAAUUUUUCGGCAUAUAAAUUUGAAAAUCAUAUGCAAUAUUUGAAACGUACAAUUAAUAAUCCAAAUAAGAUUUUGCAGCAAUUAUAUUUAAGAAUAGAAGAAAGAAGAAAUUUUACAGAUUCUAGAAAAAUUCCUCAAAUAGAUAGGUUUAUUAUUAAUUGCAAAAAAGAUAAAGAUAGUUUCUUUUUUAGCAAUAAAAUAGGGCCUUUGAAAAUUAUCAACCAACAAAACCAACCAGAUACUUUUGGUUGUCUUAUUUUGACAAAAGUUGGUGAUGUUUUCAAAGAGCCUUUGGUGUCCUCAUCUGGUUUAGGUAUUCUAGUAGGUGAAAUUAAAGAUGAGGACAUUAAAAUUAUUAAAAAAGUAGAUUUAGAAUUUAAAUAUUUUUCUAUACCAAUAGAGAAUAAAUUUAUUUUAAUUCCUCUAUUGCAUAAUUUGUUUUAUAAUUUUACAUAGACAAAUGGAGUUUUCUUUCCCAAUCGACACCUCUUCCUCGGAGAACAUUAGUUCACGGCAGCGAGAUGGAGAAGAAAUGGGCACAUUUCGUGUCGCCGAGCCCCAUUCGCAGCGUAUGGCCACCCAACUCCAACAUAAUAUAAGUGGGGAUACUGCGUCGGUACUGCAGAAAAUCAUCGAAAGCCUUGGUAGAAUAGAAUCUCGGCAAGAGGACAUGAGAAAACGGCAAGAAGAUAUGAUAAAACGGUUAUCAGCUCUAGAAAACGCUCUUGCUGAGAAGGGUUUGUCUUUUAUAAUAUUAUUCGUUUCUUUUAUUUUCAGGUUUUAAUAAUCUUUAUUUUAUUUUCAGGUAUUUGUCUUUUAUGAUAAUUUCCCACUCUUUUAUUUUCAGGGUUUGUCUUUUAUAAUAUUAUUCGUUUCUUUUAUUUUCAGGUUUUAAUAAUC